GUGGAGUACGCCUCCCCGAGCCUGCAGCCGCUGCUGCGGGAGCGCCUGCGGGCCAUGGGCGGCCGGCCGGACCGCGCGCUCCUGUGCUUCUCGCACUACGACGAGGCCCACCUGCUCGCCGGCGGCCUCCGCGUGCCGCGGCUGUCCUUUGGCGCCCGCUACAUCUCGGGGGCGCUCACCGAGGCCUCGGCGCCCGAGGCCGUGCUCUGGCCCCCGAGGGCCGGCGCGGAGGCGGGCGGCGUCCCCUCCCCGCCAGCGGUCGACAGCGGGCCCAGCCGCCAGGAAAUCCUCCUGUCGCGGCUGAAGCUUGCGCUGGGGAACAUGGGCUCCGAGCUCGUGUGGCAGCUACUGGACGAUCUGUGCAUCGGCAUCGCAUGUCCGUACCGGUUCGUGAGUUACGAGACGGCCGUGGACUGGUCCGUGUUGGCUACCUUUCGCGCGGGAGUAUUUAUUCCUUGGAAUUGGGAGCUUAUCACGUUCCUUGAAUGGUACGCUCUCAGCAUACCAGUAUUUGUGUCUGGGUCAUCCUGGACGCUUCCACUGAUACAGCAUCAUCUGCAUGCGAAUCCAAGGAUUACCACAAAUGGUUCUCAGUUCAACAACCUCCGCGCCGAAUGGGCCAUAGAUGGUGAGACCAUGGACGGCCCAUUGGAUGCCGCAGAGAUUGCGAGAUGGUGGACGCAGACCGACUACGUGCGCUUGCCCCACGUGCGGCAGUUCGCGCAUCUCGCCGACCUCCUCUGGCAGGUGGCAGACUGUGACUUCCAGGCCUGGUCGGCGUCGCUGCGUUACCGCGACUGCCCACCACGAUGCAGCCUUACUGUACAUGCAGUUGGCCGAGCGGAUGGUGGACUAAUCGCGCGAAUCAUGUGCGGGACAGAAAAUACAGUUGCAGGUGCAGCCAAGCCAUCUUCUCUUACUUACCUGCACAGCUCCCUGGCCGCUCCGCAGCCGCUUCCUCCCUCCCCUCUCCUGCCCCUCCUUGUUCUGACGGUUGCCCCUCCUCGUUCUGCCCUCGCCGCACUCAGCUGCGGACGUCCCCCGCCGACCGCGUUGGACCCGACCUCGCCGCGCACCAGGCGAGUGCGGAGGGUCACGUGCCCGAAGGGGCCCAGCGCUUCCGUGCUGCGGCUCCCCCAGGGGUUCGGCCGCGAGCCGCACUGGGCCGCGUGCCGGCCGAGGGCGCGCGUGGGCGGCGGUGGCCGAGCAGCAGCAUGCCGCAGGCAGCACUCGCCUUCCGCAGGCAGCGGCGGAACAGCGGGGAUCGAGCAUGCUGCACCAUGA